AUGGGUUCCAAGUCAAACCCUUACGCCUACAGAAUAUGGCCGCCACGCAAAGCGCCGACGAACAGUACGAUCAAGGACGUGCUGCAGAUCGAUACGAUCGAUCUGUGCUUUGAUGAAAAUGGGAAAUCCUUCCACACGAGCUCUUACGAAAUGAUGGCGAAAUCGCGUCCAACCAAACGACCCCGACAGCUGGUCGUAAGACGGGGCGCACCAUUCACCGUGCGGUUGCUUUGCAGCCGCAGGUUUGAUCCGUCCGUCGACACGAUGGUGUUAGUGUUCAGGGUGCUUCCCUUUGCUUCGGAUAGGGCUUGUUUUGGAAGCGGAACCGAGACGUACGUGUUGGUGCAUCCGGACAAUACUCUGCCAAAGACGGAAGAUGGGGAGCCGAUGGACGACUGGGGAGCCGUGCUGGUGGGAAGUAAGGAUUUGCCGAAAGGUAGGGUAGAGUUGACGCUGAGCGUUACAACGCCAUCCUAUGCGCCGGUAGCACGGUGGACGAUACAAUUUCACACCCGGCUGGACACGACCGAUGCGAAAAUGGAAGUAGCGAUAAAGGAAUACAUGUACGUGCUGUACAAUCCCUGGUGUAAAGCAGAUCCGGUGUACAUGGAAGAUGAAGCUAGCAAGGAGGAGUACGUCUUGAACGAUAGUACACUGAUUUGCAAACCAUCGAGCAAGGAUUUUCGCAUGCACAGCUGGUACUUGGGUCAGUAUGAGCCGGACGUGCUCGACUGUGCGCUGUUCAUCUUGUCGGAGGUUGGCAAAGUGAAGGCAGCUUCAUCCGGCAAUCCGAUGCUCGUUACCAGAGCACUAAGCGGUGCACUAAGCAGUGCGAGCGGGUACGGUGUAUUGCAAGGAAAUUGGACCGGAAACUACAGCCAGGGUACACCGCCAACUUCCUGGAGCGGUUCGGUGAAGAUACUGCAGGAGUUCUACAGCACGGCAGCAACAGUCAAAUACGGUCAGUGCUGGGUGUUCGCUGGUCUGUUAUCGAGUGUUUGCCGCGCGAUCGGCAUACCGAGUCGAGUGAUCACCAACUUCGAUUCUGCCGGUGAUCACGAUGCGUCGCUUUCGAUUGACUACUACGUGGAUGACACGGAUAAUACGGCCAGCGACAUGACGGUCGAUUCGAUCUGGAACUAUCACGUCUGGAAUGAGGUGUGGAUGAAGCGGAAAGAUCUGCAAAACCCCAUCCUGGACGGUUGGCAGGUGGUUGAUGCCACUCCGCAGAAUAUUUCCGACGGCAUGUACAAGUGUGGCCCGUGUCCGGUCGCUGCGAUCAAGCAGGGCCUCGUGCACAUACCGUACGAUGGUGAGUUUAUCUUCUCGGAGGUGAACGCCGACAUCAUCUAUUGGUCGAUUGGCAACGAUCAGAACUCGCCGAAACCGCUCGAGGUCAACACGAGCCAAAUCGGGCGGGACAUGAGCACGAAGGCGAUCGGGUCGAACAAUCGAGUGGACAUUACCGAACAGUACAAGUAUCCGGAAAAAUCGAAGGAAGAACGCGAGGUAAUGAAAGUGGCCAUGCAGUACAACUGUCAGCGCUUUACCAGUGCCGGGUUUUCGAAACACUUGCUCGACCACAUGGUGAGCACAAGGAAUGGCGUGGACGAAGUGAUAAAGCUGGAAAUAAAGUGUGACGAAGAGAUGGCCAUUGGUACGACCUUCAAGUUCGAGUUGAUCGUUACCAGUACCAGCGCCGAUCGUCCGGCCGAGGUAAGUGGCAAUCUGGUGCUGAAAGAUUCCGACUACACCGGGCGACACAUGGAAAUGCUGAAGAAGACACCGUUUACUGCCAAGCUGGAACCGCUGGAGUCGAAAACGAUCCUGGUGCUGCUGGAGUUUGACGAAUACCACAAAACCGUAUCGAACAAAACGAACAUCAAAGUGAUCUGUACGGCAAGGGUGGACGGUAGCGAUAAGACGUACUUUAAGAUGCAAAAUUUCCAACUCGCACCGCCAACGAUUGAGCUGACGCUGAUCGAGCACAGUGUGGCGGGCCCGAUCGCAAUACAGGUGGAUUUGCGGAAUCCGCUUCCGGUGCCUUUGACCCGCGGUCGCUUCACAGUGGAAGGAUCGCGCUUUACCGAUCCGUUUGUGAAAAAGUACGAUCUCAUCCCGGUCGGUGAAACAGUACAAUUUAUUUAUCCUAUAAAUUUAACGGUCAGAGGAAAAAUGACUGUGUCUGCAUCUUUUAUUUCCAACGAGCUGAAAAACGUACACGGAGAUCUGACGAUACAAAUACCUUAA